GAAGGAGGACCACUACGAGGAGGAGCCGGAAGUGAUGAGGCUAUCACCAUGAUGAUGGCCACCACAAGCACCACAUCAUCAUCGUCAUCACCCCCUUCCUGGUUCCCCUCUUCCUCCUCUCUUUCUAUACCCCCGACGACAGACCUCGUCCUCCGCAAGAAGCCCGUUCCUGCCUCCUCCAAGUCCCGCCCAAGCCGGACCAAGUGGGCCGAGUACAAGCCCACGAUCCAGCGCCUCUACAUGGACGAGAAGCGCACCCUCAAGGAGGUCAUGGAGAUCAUGCGCGCCGAGCACAACUUUGUCGCGACCGAGCGCUCCUUCAAGCGCCGCAUCGCUGACUGGGGCUGGCGCAAGAACAUCCAGAUCCGGCCCGGCGCAGACGACCGCGCCGUCCACGAGGCCUUCAAGAACCGCUAUGUCGAUGCCGUGGAAACCUCGGAGAAGAUCCAGGUGCGGCUUGCGAAUGGGCAGGUGGUGGAUGUCGACAGGCUGGCGGAGCAUGUCAGGCGGAAGCGGGCGCGGGUGUCGAAUGAAGAUGUUGGUAUUGGUGGAGGUCAUUAUGAGAGUAAGAGGAGCAGCAAUGGCAGCAGCAGCAGCAGCAGCAGCAGCAGCAGCAAAGACUCUCCCACCAGCAUUACUGCUACUGCUGCUGCUGCUGCUGCUGCUGCUACUACUACUACUACUACUACUACUACUACUACUACUACUUCUAUGCCUGCUACAUUCACUUCUACCACCACCGCCGCCGCCACCACAAACAACAACCCCUUUCAGAGUAGUAGGCAGAGGCAACAACACAUGAUCAUGGCACGAAACACUCAGGAGCACCAGAGAUUACGCAGACAACAAUUACUACUUCAACAACAUCAACGGAAACAGCAGCAACAAGAUCACGAACGCCGCCUGGUCCCCUGGGGCGUCAAGAGCCCCGAGGCCCUCCGCGUCUACGAGGUCGUCUUUGUCCACAGCCGCACCUACACCUUUGGCCGCCACGAGCAUGAGCUGAGGAGCUUGCCCGAGGCGGCAAGGCUCCUGACCCGCGACAAGGGCCACGCCAUGCGCUGGGGCCUCUUCACCGCCGACGUCAAGAACAGCCUGGAGCGCGGCGACAUGGCCAGUGCCCUCGUGCACAUGCGCAGGGCCCCCGCCGAGGUCGACGCCCUGAUCCAGUGCCAACCCUCGACCAUCCUGUGCUCCCUGUACAUGUUCAUCCUGCAGGCGGGCUGCUGCUUCGUGCCACCUGGCGGCAGCAGCAGCAGCAGGGGAAGGAGGAAGAAGAGGAGGAGGAUCCAUACUGAAGAUGGGAUUGUCGACAUCGACGGCGACCAAGAAAAAGAUGAACAAGAACAAGAAAAAGAACAAGAAGCAAGUAUCCUCACGAACCGAAAGCAGUUCUGGGCCGUCAUGAAGGCCCUCCUCAACUACGGCGCCACCGUAGCCCAGUCCCUAGGCCUGACCACCCAACACCCCUUGCAGCGGAUCCUACGCAGCCUGACGAUGGUCCCAGACAACGAGCUGGGCGAGGUGGCCUUCCGCGCGUGGGCCGUCACCGCCCAGGCCUGGGGCGCCCUCAUCAAGCUCCACGAAGUGUGCGACGCCGCCCUGCCCCCCGAGAGCAUCCGCCACUGGCUGGUCCGCGGCGACAAGGGCAACAUGCUCGACAUCAUGCACGAGAUUGUCAAUGACACCCUGGCCCGGUGCAACGCCCUGUACAGCGCGGCCGACGAGAGGACCCUCCACGUCCUGCAGUCCAAGGCCGAGAUGCUGGUCGUCGUCGAUGGCGAGGAGCAGCGCGAUUGCUACCAGAACCCCAUCACCGCGGGUCUCUGUCAGGAGCUGCUGGAUCGCGGCGCCCGUGGUGCCGCGAGAGAGAUGGCUCUGGAUUUCCUCGAGAAGGCACAUGAGCGUCAGCUGGAGGGGAGAAGAGCGUUGGUGUCGUCUUGGGAGGAAGGGGAAGAAGAAGAACAAGAAGCACAAUGUCCCUUCUCGUCAGCCAUCUUCCUCCUUCUCCCAUCGACAAUACGAGCACACGUUCUUUGCCACCCUGCCGACUACCUCAAAUACCUCGCUUGCCUGGUUGUGUAG